AUUAAUCCUUCAUGGUUUAUUUUAAAACACAUUCGCCAGGAACCAACAACCCCCAGUUUUGGUUUCUGCAACUCCACGCCCCACACACACUACCACCACCACCAUGGACACGGAACACGACGUCGACCAACUCGCCGCAGAAGCUGAGGCGAUUGAAAGCAAUGAAGCUCAGGAAGUGGACCAAGAGAUCGAAGACAUGAAGCGUCGGGUGUUGGAAAUGGAAGAGGAGGCACAGAAGCUCAACCAAAUGCACAGCCACGUUCAGUCGCAAAUCCCAAAAGAACACCAGCCCCCUGCGGCACCGACCGCGGCACAACAAGCGUCUAUCGAUGAGAACUCCAUCUAUAUCGGCCAAGUCGACUACGAGUCCACGCCUGAAGAACUGCAAGCCCUUUUCCAGAGCUGCGGGACCAUCAACCGCGUGACCAUCCUGUGCGACAAGUUCACGGGCCAGCCCAAGGGAUACGCGUACAUUGAAUUCGCCAACCACGACGCCGUCGAAAGCGCGCUUCUUCUCAACGACACGACGUUCCGCGGUCGACAGCUCAAAGUCACUGCCAAGCGCGUGAACGAACGCGGGUACAACUACGGCGGUCGUGGAGGCCGUGGGGGUCGCGGUGGUUUCCGCGGUGGCCGCGGUGGCGGCCGAGGUGGGUACGCUCCUCGGGGUCGUGGCGGUCGUGGCCGUGGUGGCCGCGGCGGUCGCGGCAUGGGUGGCCCUGCCUACCAUCCUUACGGCUACUAAACUACGUUGACGAAGUACGUACGUAUUCGUCGAUGCUAUCCGCGGCAGAAAAAAAAAAGUCUAAAAAAAACGAAAAAAAAAACGACCUCGAUGCGAUGACCUGAAAAAAAAAGAUGAAAAAAAAAAAACACGGUCAAUGCAAAAAGAAAAACACUUUCAAUUAGGAGCAUCGUUAGCUAGACUACUUUUUGGGCCGUUUGCCCGCCGCUGCCGCCCCGCCACCCGCGGACGCCACCACCUUGCGCUUGAGCCCCGAGCCGCCGCCCUUUUGCUAUACAGUACCCACAUGUGAUUAAUGUGAGAAAUGCAGAUUCCCCAUUGCACAUACAUAUUAUACACACACAAAACAAGAUAUAGAUGCUCCGGCCUUACGGAAAUCUUGGACGCGGCGCCGACGGGCGUAGGGGUGGUUAAUGGCGUGGGUGUCAUAGCUCCGG